UUUCAAACAUUUGAUGAAAAGAAGUGGAAUCAGUUUUACAGUGAAAUUUUAGGACGACCCAGUACAUUAUUAGAUACAAUGUCAAAAGCAGAUAUCUGGCUCAUUAGAACCUAUUGGGAUUUGGAAUUUCCUCGCCCAACCCUACCAAAUGUUGAUUUCGUUGCAGGACUCCACUGCAGACCUGCCAAACCUCUGCCUAAGGUCAUAUGGAGAUAUGAUGGCAAGARACCAGCUACCUUAGGACCCAAUACUCGAAUUUACAAAUGGAUUCCUCAGAAUGACCUUCUUGGUCAUCCAAAAACCAAAGCUUUUAUAACUCAUGGUGGAACCAAUGGCAUCUAUGAGGCCAUCUAUCAUGGRAUCCCUCUGGUGGGCAUUCCCUUGUUUGCRGAUCAACCUGAUAAUGUCAUGCACAUGAAGGCCAAAGGAGCAGCUCUUAGAUUGAAUUUUAUUACAAUGUCAAGUAUGGAUUUACUCAAUGCAUUGAAUACAGUCAUUAAUGAACCUUUAUAUAAAGAGAAUGCUAUGAGGCUAUCAAGAAUUCACCAUGAACAGCCAGUGAAGCCUCUGGAUCGAGCUGUCUUCUGGAUUGAGUUUGUCAUGCGCCACAAAGGAGCUAAACACCUGCGGGUAGCUGCCCAUGACCUCUCCUGGUUCCAGUACUACUCUUUGGAUGUGCUUGGGUUCCUGCUGGCCUGUGUGGCAACUGUGAUAUUUAUCAUCACCAAAUGCUGUCUGUUUUGUUGCCAGAUGUUUACUAAAACACGAAAGAAGAAGAAAAGGGCAUAG